ACAAGGAAAUGACCUCGAGUCGGUCUCAUGACGUCAUCUAUUCAGCGGUCGUUCGGAGCAGUGGAAGAUGAGCGCCGGUAGAAUUGUCAAGGAUUUCCUGUAGUAACUGCAUCAGUGGAAAGCUAAAUGCGUCGUAAUUUCUCAUAAAACAAGGAUUGUGAACUAAGCCACCAUCAUGUCGGAGGAGGCGACCUCUCCGAACGGGGAUGGAAAAGUUAGCCGAGUCAUCCGCAUUGGAACCCGCAAGAGUCAGUUGGCUCGCAUUCAGACUGACAGUGUUGCUGACAAACUUAAAGAGAUGUACCCUGAUAUCGUUGUGGAAAUUGUGGCCAUGUCGACAACUGGGGAUAAAAUCCUCGACAGAGCGUUAUCAAAGAUUGGAGAGAAGAGUUUGUUCACCAAAGAGUUGGAGACUGCUCUGGAGAAGGAUAUGGUGGAUCUGGUCGUCCAUUCACUGAAGGACCUUCCCACCACACUGCCUCCAGGAUUCACCAUUGCAGCUGUGCUCAAGAGAGAGAACCCUCACGAUGCAGUGGUGCUACAUCCAAAACACGUAGGGAAAACCUUGGAGACUCUCCCACGAAACAGUGUGAUUGGCACAAGUUCACUGCGUCGUGCUGCUCAGUUGAAGAAAAGAUUCCCCCAUCUGGAGUUUAAAGAUAUUCGUGGAAACUUAAACACACGGCUGAAGAAGCUGGAUGAGAAGGAGGACUUUGCCGCCAUCAUUCUUGCUGCUGCAGGCCUCAAAAGGAUGGGUUGGGAAAACCGGAUCAGCCAGAUCCUGGAGCCCGAAGACUGCAUGUAUGCUGUCGGACAGGGCGCUCUGGCAGUGGAGAUUCGAGCGAGCGAUACUGACAUCCUGGAGAUGCUGUCUGUGCUAAAUGACAGUGACACUGUGCUACGCUGCAUAGCCGAGAGAGCCUUCCUCAGGCACCUGGAGGGGGGCUGCAGUGUUCCUGUGGCUGUGCACACAGAGGUGAACGACUCUCAGCUCUACUUGACAGGUGCGGUGUAUAGUCUGGAUGGAUUGGAGAGUCUGAAGGACACCAUGCAGACGAGCAUUCCUGCUACCGACAAGUGCCAAGAGGAGGUGGAUGAGAAGGUCCAGCGAGUAGGCAUCACUGCCAUCAAGGUUGGCUGUGAGUCUCAGGACAACGCUGAGCGGUUGGGGGUGGACCUCGCUAACUUGCUGCUGAGUAAAGGAGCAAAGGAGAUCCUGACGGUGGCCAGACAGCUUAAUGAUGCCACAUAAUGCUUGGUCAGGGGUCACGCAAUUCUCUUGAAGCCUAUUUACAGUCUUUUGCAGCAGCUUGUGGGCUACUCCUCAUCACAAUGGACCAGAAACAAUACAAUCCAACAGUAGCAAACUCGUAAGAAAAACUGCAGUUCUUUUGUGUCGGUACUGCACUUUUGAUGACAUACCAAAGAGUUUUUCCACAUACGUACAAGAAAGCUCUGCGUAGUAAUGACCACGUUUUGUAAUCAUAGAAAAGAGUAUGUGUUUGCUGUUUAUGUCAAGCUCAUCCACAAAUAUUCAACCUUUUAGCUGUUUUUUUAAUGAAAAAUUAAGUUAUCAAGAAACUGAAUGUGAAUAAAUGAGUCAUUUUGCAACUUACGGUACUCAUGUCAGUGAGUGAAUUUUCGUGAAUUAUUUUCUAUAUUAUUUUAUUUAUGGGCUUCAUGAGUAAACAUGAAGUGUAUCCCUUCUUCACUUGAAUAACAGCAUCAUGUAUUUACUUUUAUUAGGCUAUUAUUUCAUUUGCUUUUGCCCAUUGAGUUUGUGUGAGUGCAUGUUAGCCAUGUUAGUACUUUGUACUGUUUGACCGAGCUCUUACAUUGAUAAGCUAGUAAACUAUCAUUCACCUUAAGUGUCUUUUUGUUUACACAUCUGUGAGCAAGGCUUUAAUCACUAUUAAAGAACAAGAGCAAAUAAAGGCGUGUGCCAUGUCUGAUUGUUUUUAAAUCAAAAUCAGGACUAUUAAAAUACUUUGUGCAGACAACGUAGUACAGUGAAACCUCCAAAUCCCCAAAAGUGGUACAAUUUGGAGUUAUCCCGUUACUUUCCAGAUAAAUAGGCUAUGCCUCAAAAGCCAAACAACUUGGCUCUCAAAGCGUCACCAGUGGUGUCACAUGAGCUCCGAGAGCAUCUAAAGCAGGAUCGGCCAUUACGUCAAUCGCGAGCUACCGGUAGAUCGCCAAGGUAGUUUGGGUCGAUUGCAUAAACGUCACUUUUUAGUUGUCAUAUGACAUCAGUCAGCUGACAUUAAGCUCCCCUCCUGAUUCGCGCUUGCUCACCCGCUGCGUUUCAAGCUACACACGAAGAUGUAACUUCUACCUUCAUUAUUCUCAUUAUGGAUUAACUAACUCUGCGGUCAGAUGUCUAUAUCUAGCAAAAGUUAUCUGUUCGCUUGUAGCGGCUAUCUUUGUAGAAAAAAAGUGUAUUGUUUCCUGGUUGUGCUUGGCGUCAUGAACUCUACUACAGAA